GUUUUGUCAAUCGAUCAUAUUUAAAAAAAGAACCUAAAUUCCAAAGCAAAAAGGACGUCAAUUGAUAUAGCGUCAUGAACGUAAUGGAGGCAACGAUCUUUCGUGAAGCGAAAAAAAUACGAUAUUUUGUCUAAUUGAUACAUAAACCUGUGCAUUUUUAUGGUUAUUUGGAUUGCAGUGAGUGAUUAUCAAAAAUAUAUGGAUACCCACAUAUGGCAAAACUGUUCAGACAACCUCGUUCUGACAUUGAACGAUGAUUGCAACGAGAUAAACUAUAUUGCUACCUACAAAUAACGCUGUUCACUAUUGAUUGCAAUCGGCAAGAACCGCAAGUUAAUGGUUUGGAGGGAACAUAUUCAUUGUGAACCAGCAAAUGAAGGUAUGGCUUCAGAUCAACCUGUGAAAAAGAAGCAGAGGAUUGAUGCUCCUGAUAUUGACGAUGGGAGUGACCGUUCCGCUGAGGACGUUCUCACUGACAUAUAUGAUUCUGGAACCCCUGUGGAAGUCGGUGAAGAGUUUCCUUCCCGAAACGGCGAGUCUCCAGACAGUGGGACCGUAAGCGAAGAUGCGGUUGAUUGUUCAGCUAUUUUAAGGCUCCCUAAUGACAGCAGCACAGAUAUUAUACCAUCAUGUUCAAGUUCAGCACCUCAUUGGAGCUCUGCUGAUGACAAACUCCUUUCUGAGCUAAGAUUACUUCAGGAUGCCCUUGUAGGUCAAUGUUUGUGUAGGUUUGAUGAAAACCUAGUGACUCAAUUGUUUGACAGGCAGCUUAACAUAGUAUCAUGGCCAUUGACCUGUUCAUUGACAUAUCUAUCGACUAUGCAACUCAUGUUUGAUAUUUAUUUGAAGCAAAACAGCACGGGUACCAUAUGUUCAAAGGUAAUGCAAGCGUGUGACAUUUUUGUUAGAAACCAACAUGACUGGAUUACUGAAGUCGUUGAAUUAGCUGAUCAUAAAAGUAAAUUCAUUACUUUUGUGGCUAGCAGAGUGCUAGCCAGCUUUUUAAUAGUUUCUAAGGAUACAGUAGAUGAGAAUUGGCUUCAACAGAUAGCUGAAAACAUUUAUUUAUUUGAUAGAAUCAACAGGAUAACAGUACAAAAGAUAAAUUUCAGUCUAGAUAUCAUAAAAAGGAUAGUGGAAUGGAAAGAUGUGGAGCAACAUCCAUUAGAAGACAGCAAUUAUAUAAAUUCAGCUGGAGGUAUGCAUGUACAGGAGGAUAAUCCCUUCAGGAGUAGUGUAGGUUACGGUGCUAGCAGUAAUAAUUCAGAUACUCCAUCCUCAAGUUCACAGAGUAGUAAUUUGCAUAAUGCAUUCUCUAAUUUGCAAACACAUAGUACCACCCCUUCUACAUCCACGGAAGACAGGUCACAUGAGGAGAGGCCAACAACUUUCAAAUUACACGAACCAGUUCUAAAACUGUCAGUGGAACCUCAGUCCAGUAUAGACUUAGAUGAUUCUGCAUCCCCAGAACCCCUACAAUCAAGGAUAGAGAGGGUUAAUGAGAAUGGAUGUGUCACUGUUAUCUUAACAGAUUCGGAGUCAUUCGACACAUCUCACAUAAAAUGUUUAACAAUUAAGACUUUGGAACACCACUGGCCAGUCCUAGUGAAUAACAUGAAACUCCUGCUACUAAGGUACCUGAAUCUAGCGAAUGCUGAAAACUGUAUACUUACAUUCUUCUCUUUGUGGGAGAAUAUCAUUAGUGUAAAAGCAAAUCUCUCUGUUAUAGAUACAAAACCCUUUUAUGCUGAUCUGCAAGGGUUUGUUGAUUUACUGAGGAAUACCAUGCUUCCAUAUCUUAUAUAUACUCAUUUAUUAAGUCUUUUCAAUGAAGUUUUGUGUUAUGGUUCAACUUUAGCUUUGCAGGACAUAUUACCUGAGGAAAUAUGUUGUUUAGCUCACUCCAUUGUGAGAUUUGUGAAAGAUUUCAGGCUUCUAUCAGAUGUAAGAGUACAGAGUAGUAGAAGUGGUUUUGGAUUUUUGGGUCACAACUGUCGCAUCAUACGUGAUUAUUCCUUGGGGCCUGAAGUUUCUCCGUUAUCUACAAUGAUACAACUAGUGGAUCAAAGUUACGGAGAGGAUGACCAUGAGGAUUCAACACAGCCAAGAAAUGAAGUUGAUAAAACUAUGCUGCAGAGAAUGUCUUUAUUAGUCCUGAAAUCAGUUGCUGUUACUGUUAAAGAGAUGCGUUGUGACUCAUCAGAUAGUUCAAUUGAUUCAUCAGACUAUAAUGCGAUACAGGAUAUGCAAAUAGUGGAGAGAUCCAUUAGAGAUGUAUUGAAAAAGCUAGAUGUGUUCAUUAGGAACAGCUUGGAGUUUCAUCCGGAGACACCAUUCACGAAAAUGUUGAUCCAUCUCUUCAGUGAGCAGGAUGAUUAUUUGAUUGAAUCAAUGGUGUGCACAUUAGACAUUACAUGUGGUAUAGUUUACAGAAACUCUAUGUAUCCAGAUCUUAUACCUAUGUUGAAUCCCAUCUCUUCUUUCAUUGAGUUUCUCAAAGUUGUAUCUCAUGAUAGUGAUGUGUUACUAGAUUAUCUAGUUAGUAAUGAGACCUGUUUUCUGCUGUACCUGCUUAGGUUCCUGAAAUAUGUGAGGAGAAAUUGGCCCAAGUUCUUAGACACUUGCCAGCAGGCAGACUCAGGGGGCACAAGGGGUUUGGAUGAUACAAUGAGAGUUUUGAUCAGACUAAGAUUGCAGAUAAGUCGAUUGGUGUCCAAGUCAUUGUUUCCUUAUAACAUUGGCCCAGUUUUAAGGUUACUUGAGGUAUGUGAGAGUCUAUAUGAAGGAAAUGAGUUUAGCUGAAUUUUGAGAUGAAUUCAGUGUACAUAAGGCAUAUUGUGACAUGUCAUUAGCCAAUUUUGAUGAUCAACUUGCAAGUUCAUUUUGUUGGUAGAAUGUAAAUUUAUAAAUAUUUAAGACAGCUGAUGUAAUCACAGUCCAAUCGUCACCCACUGUUUGAGUACUUAAAUGAUUUUUGAUCAAGACUGCCAACUUGUGUUACAUUCCAAAAUUUCUUGAGUAUAAUAAGAUGGUGUAUUUGAUGUAGGUAUAAUGCAUAUUAGGUAAUUUUAACUUAUAUUAGUCGUAGCAGCUGAAAUGUGUAAUAAUUUAAAUUAUAUUAAUUAUUUCUAACUGUUAAGUAUUUUAUGAUGUCUUCCUUUAUUAUUAUAUUGUAAAUCGUAAAUUAUACAAAUUAUUGUGUAUAAUUUUUAUAGAAUAUACAAAAUAUGACUGGAAAUAUCUCAACUCAUAAAUCAUAACUGUAUGUGCCUUAAAAUAACAUAAGGGUGCUUAUAAAUAGAAAAUAGAUAAAUGUGUUAUUACACAAAUAUUUAAAUUACCAGAAUUAAAAUUUAACAUUCACCAGCAUAAUAUUUUGUUUUUAAUUUUGAUACAUUUUCUUUUAGGCAAGGCUUAGCAAUGAUUUAUUAUGAUUAUGAGUAAUGGUUGUAUUAUAUUAUAAUAAUAUUAUAACAUAGAAUUAAUUUUACAUUUAAUAAUGCGGGUCUUAACAUUUUCCUAACUAAAUUAUUUUCUGUACCCAUGUAAAUAUGGCCAUCAUACAAUUUAACUUAAAUGUUGUAAGUAACUGUAAUCAGUAUUAAUACAAUAUCAUAAUUUAUCUGAAAUAAUUAAUCUAAGAUGUAAUUGCCAAAUUAAUUUCUGCUAUUUACGAAAUGUUUUAGUUAAAUUAUGCCCAAAAAUAUAAAUUACAAAAAAACAUAUUUGCUUUAAGACAGAUUUGGUGAUGACCAAAAGUAAACUAUACAAAUAAUACAUAUUUAUAAAAUAGCUAAUCUAUUUUAUAGAGAAUGAAAUAUUUUUGACUAGCUAUCUCUAUAGCUAGUCAAAAAUACAUAACAAAUAUAUAAAUAAAAUACUGUUCUAGCUGAAGAAGAGUCUUUAUGCAGCUAGACCAGUAUUUUAUUUAUUUUCCAGCAUUUGUUAAAUAUUAAAAUCAAACGUUUUAUUUUAUAAUGCAAUUUAAUGAAUGAAAAAUAAUCCUUACAGAAAUACAAUACUAACCAAUUAUGGCAUUAUUAGAAAACCACCCUUAGUAAUUAUUAUUCUUAAUUUGUAUUUCAGAUCUGUCUUAAAGCUGAUUUUGUCUAAUUCUGAUCAAAAUAUUGUUUUGACCACUACAGGAUCACUAUUAUUUUUAGCUUUAAGUGAAAGCAACACAACAGACUGUUAUGUAGGUAUAUUAGUAUGUCCACUUUGUUAAUACAUGUUUAGAUGUAAGCUGUUGUACAUUAUUCAUAAUUUUUCUAACUGCACAAAAGAAUCUCAGAAAAUCCGUUGAUUUAUGGGCAGGCAGUGCCGAAAUAUUGUAAUUAACAUCAAAUUUAUUAACCAUUAAAAUACAAAUAAAAUAUCUUGCCAGUUAAUUUUAAUUAAAUUACAAGGUUCUUUUGGAUGCUAUUAAUUUCAUUUAAGAUAUUUUCAAAUUUUGUUAAAAGUAGGUUUAUGAAUGGUAUUCGGGUGCACACGCCAUUUGGCAUUUUGUCUAUAGCUAGUCUAAAAAAUUGGUGCGGGCCACAUUGAUAGCUAAACGAGAUCUGGGGGUCUCAAAUAACGAGUGCAUGUUCCAUAUAAUUUACAUUGCACACUGUUUUCCCUUCAUUACAUUUUUUAUAGUUAAAAAAUUCUGACGUCGUCAUUAAAAAUUUGCAUCUUUAUUGAAGAUAGUAUAUUUAAAAAUGUAUAAUAUACAUAUAUUUAAAGUUAGUUUGUUUAGGGCUUUGAUAUACAUUAUCAAAGCCCUGAACAAACUAACUUUAAAUAUUUUAAAAUAUGCUGUUUUUUUAUAAUAUGUUGCUUAUUUUUAAACUCUUGCCCCUUAUUAAUAAACAUGGAGUAAGCUUCAGACUAGUGUUGCCCUGUUUAGUUUGUAUCACUCAAGUGCUAGUUUUUAUUUAAUGAACAGAUACAAAACAUAAAUAAAAGUUUAUUUGCAUGAAAAAUUGUUUGUUACAGUUCGUAAAUAAUAUAUAGUUCCAUAUGUUUCGCACUCGGAAGAGCAUGUAAAAUACUAAUAAAUUAUUAAAAAAAAAUGAGUAAUAGUUGCAUUCCAAUAAUUACAAUUAUUUUAAUUAAUAUAACAUAGAGUAACUCAUCCAAGCUUAUUCUUCGUUUAUUAAUAAUGGGGUAGAAGUUGCCGUUAGCUUUCAAUGUGGCCUGCGCUUUGCUGCAGUGACUAAUCGAUUUCCUAUAAUUGUAUCUACCUCACUGCGCGUUUUUUCCUCCUAAAUGUAUUGCACAACAACGCCUCUAACAGGCACUACAAGAACUAAAAGGAACUAAGUACUUAACUAUUCAGAAACAAUGAAUAGGUACUCGUAAAUGCCCUGAUAGAGCCCACUGGGUCUUGGCUAUUUAUAUGGACACCAUGAUAAAAUGCUAAUGUGCGCGUCCACGCGAUGUUAUACCCAUAUAAAAAUCUUAACUCAAAUUAAUUUAUUGGCUUUCCUUUUAUUUGUCUAAUUAAAAAUAAGUUUGCGUAAAAUUUUUCAACGUUUAGCUAAGGCUCAAUUUAUACCGACGCGGAAUGUAAUAGAAGCGAAGUUAUUCAACGGAAUUUUGAAUAGUAAUAAUCAACUUUAUGUCAAUUAUGUAACAUUUUCCCUAGAAUGUUUCGGGCAGGACUCGAACCUGCGUCUUCCGCUUUCCGGAUGGAUACACUAACGGUAACAGUAGUAUAGCGGCUAGUGCAUCCGCCUGGACAGGAACACGCAGGUUCGAGCCCUGCCUGAGACCAUGAUCGAAAUAAUCUAGGAAAAUCUGCUGUGUUUAUACCGCAGUAGGACUACUAGGAAAUAGGCAUUUAAAAUGUAAUAAUUUAGGGCUAAUUAGGGCUGCGAGGAAACAUAUAAACUUAACGAGCUAAAAACUAAGGAAAUUCGCAGAAGACGUGUGACUUGUUUAGGCUCGUAUUUAGUUUGUAGAAGUCGAAGUGCGUUGAAGGAAAUUUUAGAAGCAGAUAUAGCAAUUUCCCCCUUAUUUCCGUAACGCAAUGCGGAAUGUGUGCAUUGCGUUACGGAAAUAAGGGACUAAAUUAUUACAUUUUAAAUGCCUAUAUCGGAGCUGAUAAUCAGCUGACUUCGCGUCUUUCUUUCUCUGAAGGCUCUGUUACGUUUACGAAAAUUCUCUUCGAAGCGUUUCAACUCGGCGCUAGUAUUAAUUGACCAUUAUGCGAUUGACAUAAAGUUCAUUAUGUUAUGUACAAUUUCGUUGUAAAAAAUUCAUUCCUUCCAUUCCGCGGCGGUAUAAAUGAGCGUGAUGUUUUACGAUUUAAGAGCUACCAUAGGACGUUACACCAUGUUAUUUGCAACUGAAAAUUACCCCCGAGUGCAGGUUCAUGUAAAACUUGCACCCGUGUUAUUGUUAGGUAUCAAUUUAAUUUAAAAUAAAAGCAAUAAAAAGAAGUUUUUUUGUAUGUGAUGGCAUUUAUGGUUUCAUUUAUAAAAUCGGUUCAGUAUCAGUUUUACUGCCAAAACUGGUGCGGUAAACCCGUUUCUGAGUUAGAAAUAAAGGUUCACUGCUCGUUCCCCGUAAGGGAUAGCGUGAUAAUAUGUAGCCUAUAUGUUGACCCGACUUAAUAAUAUUCGUGCCAAAUUGGAAGUAGCUCCAUGCAGUAUUUUUUGAGUUUAUCCCGGACACAAUUAGAUGACAUUAAAAAGGAUGGCGCUGUUGAAGAAAUGCAUAUUAUUUAGUAGAUACAUAAAGUCCCUUACCUGUAGGAAACUUUAUAAUUUGCAAUAAGUGGGAAAGAGUAAUAGGAAAUAAAAAGGGUUAUUUACACUUUCGUUUAAAAAAUCAAAAGCCUUAUUUAUAUUUUCCCUAAAAUUAGUUCCGAUGCCACGCGCCGCGAGAUUCGCACUGUAAGCUUGCAUAAGCUAAGCAUUUAUGCUUGCGCGAUGAAUUCACGCCAAUAACUAGCGACGCCGACGCUCCUGACCUUAGAAAAGAACACCUGAACGUUAAAAAAAUAUGAAAGGACACCUCAUUAUUACAGUGGCGCCAACUGGUGUCAUGAAUUUUCUUGAAAAACCUCAUUGAUACGUGAAUGACUAGGUAGUUGUAGGUACUCUUUUCUUUAGUUCUGGACAGGGAGCAAGAAAAUAGAGAGCAGCUAAUUAUCAAGUUGAUAGCUGAUUUGUUGCAAGUGAACCCUAGCUGCGUAAGGAUGAGACCCGUCUUUCCCAUUGAGCACUUUGGGUAAGUGCCCAGGGCCUCCUCAGAUCAAAUACAAAAUCCCUAGUUCCUGUUAAAUCACCAAACGGAAGUCAUAGGGGCCCCAUUAUCCUAAUAUGCCCAGGGCCAAUAGGUCAAAGACGGCACUG